CACAAUUUCCCUUUUAACACUUGCCGACUAUAUAAUGUAUGAGAACAGAACCUUUAUGUGGUUCAUUUUCAUUUCAUUCUAUACACAAGUAUAGAGCUCCAAGAGUCUCUCCUUUAGCUCUAUAGAUAAGAGGGACACUUGUGAAACUAGAAGUGGAGUUCUCUUACAAACAUGGGGGAGGAGAAUAUGAAAGAACCAUUGUUGGAGAAGCAGUACUAUAACGGUUGCCCAGGUUGUAAAGUGGAUCAAGCAAAAGAGCUAAACAAGGGUGUAUCAGUUCUUAAUCUUUUUAUUAUAUGGAUGGUGGUGUUAUGUGCAACACUACCUGUAUCAUCUCUCUUUCCAUUCCUCUAUUUCAUGGUAAGGGAUUUCAAUGUUGCAGAAACAGAGGCUGAUAUUAGUUCUUAUGCUGGUUAUGUGGGAUCUACAUUCAUGCUUGGCAGGGCUUUGACAUCUGUAAGCUGGGGAAUGGUUUCUGAUCGCUAUGGUCGAAAACCUGCUAUAAUUUCAGGGAUUAUUGCAGUUGUCAUUUUCAACACACUCUUUGGCCUUAGCUCAAAUUUUUGGAUGGCUAUUAUCACGAGAUUUCUUCUGGGAAGUUGUAAUGGUAUACUUGGACCAGUGAAGGCCUAUGCUACUGAACUUUUUCGAGAAGAGCAUCAAGCUAUAGGGCUCUCUACGGUCAGUGCAGCUUGGGGCAUUGGUCUGAUUAUUGGCCCAGCAUUGGGAGGCUAUUUGGCUCAGCCAGUAGAGAAAUACCCUCAUAUAUUUCCAAAGGAUUCCUUUUGGGAUAAGUUUCCAUACUUCUUGCCCUGCUUUAUAAUAUCAGGACUGGCAUUUACAGUACUUAUUGCCUGUAUCUGGAUUCCGGAAACACUUCACAAUCACAAAGGUAGCAAUGAGUCCACAGAUGAUGCUGAAGCUUUAGAAAAUGGAAGCAGCAGGGUUGACAAAGAAAAGACAAUCCAAAAGAAUGAAAACCUCUUCAAGAAUUGGCCCUUAAUGUCAUCUAUCAUUGUUUAUUGUAUUUUCUCCCUUCAUGACAUGGCUUAUCAAGAGGUUUUCUCUUUAUGGGCUGUUAGUCCUCGAAGGCUGGGAGGUUUGAACUUCACAACUGACGAUGUUGGUAAUGUUCUUGCGGUAACAGGUCUUUCACUUAUCAUCUUCCAACUCACCCUAUACCCGUAUGUGGAAAGAACUUUUGGACCUAUUAGCAUCGCCCGCAUUACAGGGAUGUUAUCCGUACCACUUUUGCAAAGUUAUCCCUUUAUAGCUAUGUUGUCAGGCGUAACACUAUACAUAGUGAUAAGUGCUGCUUCUAUUCUGAAGAAUAUUCUAGCUGUGACCAUCACAACUGGUUUAUUUCUUGUGCAAAACAGAGCAGUGGAGCAACACCAAAGGGGGGCAGCUAAUGGCCUUUCUAUGACAGCUAUGUCUCUAUUCAAAGCUAUUGGCCCUGCUGCAGGUGGUGCAUUAUUAACUUGGUCACAAAAGCGCACACAUGCUUCUUUCCUACCAGGCACCCAUAUGGUCUUCUUUAUCAUGAAUUUAGUUGAGGGACUUGGAAUACUGAUGAUGUUUAAACCAUUCCUUAGUGAAAAGAAGAAAAAUCACACUGAUCAGUUACACUGACAUCAAUCAACUUGCUUGAGGCAUGGCAGCAUCCCUAUGAAGUUGUCCAUUAUUGAGGACAAUGAGGGUAACUAGGUGGCUAACAUGAUAGCACCAAUUGAAUAUGUAACAUGCCAUUUUUAUCUACUCACCCCAUUCAAACACCCCCCCUCCCCAAAAAAAAUAAAAGGAAAAAAAGCAAAUGAGUAAGUAUUACAAAAAAAUAAUAAUAAUGAACAAGACAGAAACUGGAAAAGCAUAGGGGAAGGUAUAAAGAGAAACCCCACAUGUUGUGGUGCUUCUCUUAGUGGCAUCAUGGUUCUUAAGUUGAAAGUGACAUAAUUACAUUCUCCUUCUGAUUUUGUAUUUCAUGACCGUUUAUAAAUUACAUAUAGCUAAGUUUAUGGAAGUAUAUAAUUGAGAUAUUUUAAUCAUAAUUAUCUAAAGAGACUUGGUACUGUGAAA